UUUUCUUACUUAGAAGUCCGGUUGGUUGGAGGUUCUCGCUGCUCUGGGAGGUUAGAGAUACUUCAUGAUCAGACGUGGAUGUCAGUGUGUGACGCUGCCUUUGACCAGCAGGAUGCAGAGGUUGUGUGUAGAGAGCUGGACUGUGGGGCUCCUGUACAGGUGCUGGGAGCAGCUGCUUUUGGGAAAGGAGAUGCUCAGAUGUGGACACAAGAGAUUCAGUGUAGAGGAAAUGAGUCUCAGAUUCACCUUUGUCCAACAUCACCAUCACAUGAAAAAAACUGUUCUCAUGACAGUCAUGUUGGACUGGCUUGUGCAGGCAAUGUUAGAGUGAGGUUGGUUGGUGGUCACAGUCGCUGUGCUGGUAGAGUGGAGGUUCAUCAUAGAGGUCAGUGGGGAACAGUGUGUGAUCAUGACUGGGAUUUGGCCGAUGCUGCAGUGGUGUGUAGAGAACUGGACUGUGGAGAACCUGUAGAUGCUCUGGGUGGUGCUCACUUUGGACAAGGAUCAGGACCAAUCUGGGAUGAUCUUAUGUUAUGUACUGGAUCAGAAUUUUCACUGAAAAUUUGUGCAUCAGUAAAAACGACUUUUCAAAGCUGUGAUCAUACUAACGAUGCAGGAGUCAUCUGCUCAG